AUGCCCCAAUCAGGAGCAGCGCCCGGGACAGGGGACGGCCGAUUGGUAGGUGGGUGGGUGGGGCCAGAGAGAGCUGUGGGCGGAGAGCGGGUGGGCGUAGCCACACGGGAUGAAGGGGCGGGGCAAGGGAAGGCAUAUAUAGAGGAGCGGCGAGCGCUCGGGCGCUACAAGAAGGCGUCUAGCAGCUGCUGAGGCGGAGCGCGCUGUCUCUCUCGUCCCGGGGUGUGAGAAGCGCCAUCCUCCCUUUUUCUCCCCCCACCCUUUCCUAGCGCUCUUCCUGGGGUUAUGGGGCUUCGGUACUGAGCUCCUCCCUCCUUUCCUUCAACCCCAACCCCCGGGACUGCCACCGGGAUUUGUUUGCACUAUUCACAUCACCUUCUUCCCCCACUCACCCCGGGUGAGUAUCUCUCCCUCCCUCCUUCCUUCCGUGUGGGGCGAGCGGUGGGGAGCUGCUGCUUCUGUCAAGACCCGGCUGUGAGGGAGGAGGUGGAGGUCGGCGACUUGCCAUAGGCCGGCGGGGCUUGGAGGGACGACAGCGGCCGAGAAGAUAGAUUCGGGGGGGUGGAGGAGGGCGACUUACCGCACCCUCGCCUGGUCGCCCAGCCCCAUAGAGCAGGGCCGGCGGUGUGCGUGAGGGGUGGCGGUGGGGGGCUUUUGUGCCAGCGCCUCUGGAGGAGGAGAGACUGAAGAGUUGGCGCAGCUCGACUGGGAGGAGGGGAGUAUUGGGGGGGGGGGGAGAGGCUGGGGGAGCCUUCGUGGGGCCGCCCCACGGAGGUCGGCGAAGGGGGCGUCGGACCAGACCUGGCUGGCUGGCGUUGCUGGUGCGGAGGCAGAGGGAGGGUGUUGGCAGAAGGGCUGACAGGGCAGCGCCGGCUGAGGGUGUUGACACAGCCCUGCAGAGGGAGGCGGGGAAGCGAGCGAGCGAGAGGCGCUGGCAGGCGCAGCCCCUCCGAGGCAGCGGCUGGGGAAAGGGGGCUGGCGGGGGGGGGGCGUCGGUGGCACAAGGCAGCCUCGUACAGCAACCGUGUGUCUCUGGAAGGGGGGGAGGAUUCGGGUGCCAAGUGUGUGGGGGGUUGUUGUUGGUUGGCACAGCUUUUCUCCCCCCACCCCACCCCCCAAUCCCGCCGUGGCUGGGGAGGGAGAGGCUGCUUAGGUUGUCUGGCACAGCCCCUCCUCUGGGGGUGGGGGGAGGAGGCGGGGGAGGAGGCAGAAGUGUUGGGACGGCCCUCUUGAAGGUUGGCGGGGGAGGGAGGGGAGGCGCAAGUGUAGUUGGCACAGCCUGUUCGGGGAGGGGAGUGCAGUUGGAGAGGGGGGGUGGGGUGGGGAGAAGGGGGUCGGCAUAAUCCCACCCAGAAAAGACAUUGUUUGGGGGGUGAUGGGGAUUCAAUGCAUUGGCAGCAGUCUUAAGAUGGAUGUGGUGGUUGUGAGGCUGUGGUGGCAAGGGCUGAGAGAGAGAAGGUAGAUUAUAGUAUGGUGCUGAGAGAAACACACCAGCUAUAACUGGAGGGGGGGCCCUUUGGGCAGGGAGCCUGUCUUUACAGAGUAGAGAUCCAGACAAUACCAGGUCGGAAUGGGAGAGCGAUUAUAAGGCGAUCUUGCCCAUAUCUGUUCCUACAUAUGUUCGAUCAGGUUGAAAACUCACUUUUAAAGGUAGUGGUUGCCCUUCUGGCUCAAAAUCUUGUUCCUAGCACAAGGAGAUGAGAGGGAAGGCCACUGGGAGUGACACAGUGGAGAACUGGGCCUGGCUUGACCAGGGGAGAGAGGACUUGGCCAAUCAUCUUGCUUUUCAUAGAAAGCACUUUUUCUCCUGCUGCUGGAGCUCCAAGAGCUGUGAGCAGAAAUCUAAUGAGACCCAACUGCCUGGUUAUGUAACGCCCAUAUACCCCGCUUAAAAGUUCCACCUUUUCCGCUCUUGUCUCCAAUUACUUGACUAACGUAAUUAACAUAUAUAAUUAAUUUUAAAAGGUUCUUUUUUAAAAGCUAGAAAACAUUUGAACUGUUGCAGGUUGUUUUGUUUAAUCAGGUCUUUGUGCCAGGGAAAGGAUGCCAAUUUAAUUUCUGUUCUUCUUGAAAGGGUAAUAUAUUUCCUACGUGCAGGGGUGGUUAAACAGAUGGAUUAAUAAAUCAUUUUGUAUGUUCGAUGUAGCUAGUCCAAUCAGAUCAUCUGUACUUUUAUAUGUUGCAUUUGUAAAUAUCUUCUGUUUGCCCUUGAUCUUUCAUUAUCCCCACCCAGUGCUGAUCCAGCAAUCGUUUAAAGGUCGCCUUAUCGUACAGCUGGUAGUUCUCUUAUCAUGUAAAGAGGGCAAAAGGAAAGGGAAAUGUCUUUAAAAGCUGGGUUAACCUCUGAAAGCUAAUUAUUUAGGGCAAGGAAAUAGAAUCUACUCAUUAUGAGUGCAUUUUUGCUUUCUAGCUUAUGAACUUACUAGAUUUCAAAACUACUGUUGCGAUGCAAUGCAGUGCAGUUGAAAAACAAUGUUAAUGAGUAAACAUAACUUUAUUAAAUUUUGUAGUAACUUUUUAAAGAUAGAAACCUUGUCUUUACAGGCUUUUAAUCUGAGCAGUAUGAUUUUUCAGUAGUAUGUUAACGUUAUUGAUUUAGCAUUGUAUUUUGUAUUACAAUUUAUUAUUAACUCUAUAGAGCUGCUACAUUGAUUUCAUUAUAAACGAGAAUACCAUCUAUGUAAGGAAUUUGGCUAACAGCUUUUUCAAUUUUCCCAGUACACUGAAGAUUUUAAUACAUUCUCUUUAUAGUGUAAUGUAUUCAUAAUUAAAAAUUGGUUGUCUGGUAAGGAUGGACUUCUUACUUGAUACCUCAUAAUGAACUUCAUGUGUGACUAUUGUAAUAAAAUUAUAAUUCUGGAAUUUUAUGUAGAUUUUUUUUUUAAGUAUCAAAAUAUAGGAAUUACUUCUCUUUUCUUUGAGCUCAAGCAAUUUUGAAAUUCUACCAGUAUUGAAAACUACAUGUUACACUCCAAACUAAGAGUUUUAUAGCCUCAAAAUGAGGAAUUCCUUUUUAGUCUAUUAGCAUUAUUUUCAAAUAUCUUAAUGUUAUGGCUGGCUUCUGUCAGUCACCAAAACUAUAGGUGGUAGCAGAAACAUUUACAGGACAACUACCACUGUUUAGUUUAUGUCCUAGACUCUUGCUCUUCUCUCCACAUUACUUAAGUACCUGAGCUGCAAACUCAGAACUUGAAAUGCAUCCAUGGUGAUCUUGCAUUUGUUCUCUGUGUAUUUAAUCUGCUUAGCUUUUAAGUUGCAUAUACAGUGCCAGUGUGUUGCAAAUGUCUGUAGUUGGGAAAUAUAACCUAUUUUAGGGAAAGUGUGAUGCUAAAAUAAGAGGCCUAGUUGACUUGCUUGUGCACUUUCCUUAUUUGGAUCUUUGCUUUUGUUUUUCUUAAAGGAACAACACUACACAAGGUGAAGAAUAA